CAUAACCUGUGACCCUUCAACCUCCGCCAGCAACGAGAUCCAUCUCAGCAUCUACACAGAGGACCACCUGAUGGACAGAUCCACUAUAAAGGAGAUAACAGAUAGGAUCAUCGAUCUGGUGUCUAAACCCCAUGGCAAUAACAGCAUCAUCACCGCCAUCGCCAAGGUCCAUGUGCAGCGGAGGCCUAGCGUCAGCCAGACGGACUACCUAGUGCCGCUGCUGUCCUCUGUCUUCAUUCUCCUCUGGAUCCUGGCGUUGGUCUCAGUCUUCCUCUACUGCGUGCGUCGCCGUCGGAAACAUGGCAGUCACCAUGGCAACGGAGCCUUGUCGUCCGCGGCAACCGAAGACAACACAACUAACAAUGUGCGCGAGCAGCUCAACCAGAUCAAGAACCCCAUCAACGAGAAACACGCAGGAGGCGGCGGCCAUCUUACAACAUCGGUGGUCGUCAAGGACUACGAGGAUAAGAACUCGAUCGUCGCCAAGGUACGGACACACCACCCCCCGGAGGGCGAGGAGGACAACGAUAAAGAGAGACAUAUGGGGAAUAAAGGACGCUUCGCCGUUACAGCCAAACAACCUGCCUACACACUGGUGGAGCGGGAAGACCGGGGCCUCAAUGGAGGCCUGGGGGCCAACGGGCCCAACGACGGGGACGGCAGGACCGCGGUGCAGCCCAGCUCCAAACACCCUAACUGGACUAAUAAACAGGACAACAGGGUCCUGGAGACGGCACACAGCAUGAACAGGAUGGACUACAUCGUAUAGCAGGAAGUGACAUUGGAGGCAGGAAAUAAAACGCUGUGUAAAGAAUUCCCCUUCCUGGACGUUAUGGUCAUCCCGGCAACGUGGUCCUUCUGACACGCUCUGUAGACACUGUGUUGCCGUGCAACCCAAACCCUUUGAUCAUGCUGAAGAGGACCAGGGGGAGUGUUCUGGGAUUUGUAGUUUUGUAGUUCCUAAACUGUUACGUCAUUAUUCUGUGACUACAAUUUUUUUGUUUUGUUUUGGAUAUAAUGAAUCCCUGGGUGCGUCAGAUGUGGUACCCUGUUUCCUAUUUAGUGCACUACUUUUGACCAGAGCCCUAUGGGCCAAGUGUACGUUGUAGGGAAUAGGUUGCUGUUUUAGACGUUGCUCCUGAUAAUUUAACGCUAGCUGGCUACACUGGCAGAAAAGGUUGCUUUGGUUGGCAGGAUAAGAGGUGUUGUGUUUUCACAUUUCAACACUACACUUAUUCCCUAAUAUAACACACUACUUUUGAGUGGAGCCCUAUGGGACCUGGUCUAAAGUAGUGCACUAUGUAGGGAAUAAGGGUGCCAUUUUAGACACACAUAGUUUUAAUGUAUUUCUCUCUCUCUCUCUCCUCAGUAUAAACUAGUUUUGUUUGCCUUUUCAGCUUUCAUACCACAGCAAUGUCAUGAAAUUAAACCAAAAUAAGUACAACUUUAGAAUUAUUUAUUCUUUUGGGGCGGGUGUUGUCCAUGUCAGCAGUUGCAAUAUGAAGAAUUUGUGUCGGUUUAGAAUGUGUAGAUAUGUACAUUUCUUUUAUUUUUAUUAAUCAUUGUGUAUAUUUUGAUUUAUUAACUUAAAUAAUAAUCAAGAGCCUUAAGAUAUAAUUCCUUUUUAUUUAUAUGUUCUGUCUCUAGAUGGAAGGUUUUGACGGCUUAGUUUAUUUUUUGACGAUGAACUUGUUUAUUUCUUUCACAAAAAAAUGCAUUUGUUUUUGUUGUUGCCUGAAAUAUUUUUAUUAUUUUUGUUUGUUGUGUUUUUAAUGAUUCUACAGCGUCCAUUGUUGCUUAGAAGGGAAGAAGAAAUUAAAACUAAAUAUAAAAUACAUGGUUGCUUUGGGUUGUAAACGAUUCAGAGAUUGAGUGUAGUGGCAGACAUUUUCCUUGUGACUAAUUGAACAAAAAGCCUUUAGCAGCAUCAUAAGUCACUCAUCACAUACUCAGAAAACUGAAAAACAAGUAUAUCUGCCAAUCACGCAUCAAUCACGCAUAAAGUCAUAGCUAGACCAAGGACUUGUCCCACAGUGCACCCUAUUCCCUAUGGGCCCUGGUCAAAAGUAGUGCACCCUAUUCCCUAUGGGACCUGGUCAAAAGUAGU